AUGGCGCCGAGCCGUCCCCCCGCGCCGUCCGCGGCGACCGCGCUGCUGUCGCUGCUCGAAGAGCCGCGCGCGGCGCUCCGCGCGCACGCCCUGCGCGCGCUGCACGACGUCGUGGACCGCGAGUGGAGCGCGGUGGCGUCGAGCGUCGCCGCGAUCGAGGCGCUGUACGAGGACGAGACGUUCGAGGCGCGCGAAGACGCGGCGCUGUUGGCGAGCAAGGUGUUUUAUCAUUUGGGCGAGCUGAACGACGCGUUGCACUACGCGCUUCGCGCGGGGGAUCGCUUCGACGUGAACGAAGGGAGCGACUACGCGCAAACGCUGAUCGCGACGGCGAUCGAUGAAUACGUGGCGAAGAGACAGAGCUUAGAUAUGGAUGUGACGCUCGGUGAUGCGUCGAAAGAUGGGAUCGAUUCCAAGUUGGUGGACGUCGUCGAGCGAAUGUUUGAAAGCUGCCUGAGCGACGGGGAGCACUUUCAAGCCAUCGGCAUCGCGCUCGAGAGUAAGCGCUUGGAUAAGCUCGAAGAAGCGAUCACGCGCUCGAACACCGUGGCCGAGUGCUUGAGCUAUUCCAUGAAGGUGUGCGCGAGCUUGGUGUCGGUGCGAGAGUUCAGGCAGCACGUCUUGCGGUUGCUUGCGAGAAUGUACUCGUCGCUGCGAGAACCAAAUUUUUUGAGCAUGUGUCAGUGUUUGAUGUUGCUCGAGGACGCCCACGGCAUCGCGGAGGUGCUGAAUAAACUCGUCGCUGGCGACGAAGCGGAGCAGUUAUUGGCGUACCAGAUUGCGUUUGCGUUGUUUGAGAACGAUAUUCAACCUUUCUUGAAUCGCGUGCACGACGCCGUCGGGGACGCAGAGGGCGCGGCAAUCGUCUCGGGAGAGCACAAGAAUGGCGUCUCAGCAGCGGAGACCGAUGAAUCGCCGUUAGAGAAGUUGCGGAGCAUUUUGAGUGGUGAACGACCGUUCGCGCUCUACUUGGAAUUUUUGUACUCGCACAAUCACGCCGACUUGCUCUUGUUGAAGCAAGUGAAAACCGCUGUGGAGUCGCGAAACUCGGUGUGCCAUUCUGCCACGGUGCUUGCGAACGCUUUGACGCACGCCGGAACGACGUGUGACAAAUUUUUGCGCGAGAACUUGGAUUGGUUGAGCAGAGCGACGAACUGGGCUCGAUUCAGCGCCACGGCGGGCGUCGGCGUCAUUCAUCGCGGGCGCACAAAGGAUUCGCGACAGUUGCUUUCGCAGCUUCUCCCUGCGCCGAGUCCGUACACGCUUGGUGGUGCGCUAUAUGCCAUGGGGUUGAUUCAUACUGGUCAACCCGGAGACGCUUUGCCUUUUCUUCUCGAGCGCGCUCGUGGAAAUAACAACGAGGUCAUCCAGCACGGCGCGUGCCUCGGCUUGGGUCUCGCCGCGGUGGGCACUGGCAACGCUCAGGUGGACGGGGAGUUGUUCAGAAUUUUGCGAACUGAUAGUGCAGUUGCGGGUGAGGCUGCGGGUAUAGGUUUAGGCUUGUUGUACGCGGGUUCGUGCACGCCUCGAGCGAAGGAGAUUCAUCAGUACUGCGGCAAGACGAGCCACGGGAAAAUCGUUAGAGGUUGUUCGCUUGGCAUGGCGCUCACCGUGUACGGUCGAGAAGAAGGUGGUGAUGAUUUGAUCGAGUCGAUGAUCCACGAUGGGGAUAAAAUCAUGCGUUAUGGUGGCUGUCUUGCCCUCGCGUCGGCGUAUGCUGGCACAGGAAACAACAACGCCCUUCGUAAGCUGUUGCACACCGCCGUGUCAGACGUGUCGGACGACGUUCGGCGAUCCGCCGUAAUGUCGUUGGGUUUUGUCCUGUGCUCCACUCCCGAGCAGUGCCCUCGAGUCGUGGCUCUGUUAGCAGAAUCUUACAACCCGCACGUGCGAUAUGGCGCGGCUAUGGCGGUCGGCAUCGCGUGCGCGGGCACUGGGCUCGCCGACGCAAUUGCACUUCUCGAUCCGAUGAUGAACGAUCAAGUUGAUUUCGUUCAGCAAGGUGCUUUGAUCGCGAUGGCGAUGGUGCGCAUUCAGCAGACUGAAAAGCAGCUGGCUCCGUUUCGAAAGAAGGUAAUGGGUCACAUUCAAGAGACGCACGAGACGACGAUGUGCAAGAUGGGCGCCAUCAUGGCGCUGGGCAUUUUAGACGCCGGCGGCAGAAACGUCACCAUCGGCUUACGCUCGCGUUCUGGUCGUCCACGAAUGACUUCUGUCUUGGGUAUGCUCGUGUUCACGCAGUAUUGGUACUGGUACCCACUUUCUUACUUCCUGUCGCUCGUGUUUGUUCCCACCGCUUUCAUCGCCGUCGAUCGCACGCUCGCGAUGCCGCACUGCUCUGUGACGUCGCACUGCAAGCCUUCGACGUUUGCCUACGCGGCACCGGUGACGGAGGAUGACAAGAAGAAUAGUGGUGAAAUCGUCAAGGCGGUUCUCAGCACGACGGCGAAGGCAAAGGCGAAGGCGGAUAAGAAGAAGGCUGAAGCCGAGGGCGCCGAGGGCAUGGACGUCGACGGCGCCGCUGCUGUCAAAACGGACGAAAAGACCUCAAAGACCACCACUGAAGACGCGAUGGACAAGGAUGACAAACCCGAACCGACGUCGGAAGAGUUGACCAAUCCGAGCCGCGUCACGCCGGCGCAAGAAAAGGCGGUUCGCUUUGAUCAAAGCAGCCGUUUCGUCCCGAUCGCCGCGCCCGCGGGCACGUUCAAGUAUCCCACUAGAGGUUUUGUCGUCCUUCGCGACACCGAUCCGGACGAAGAGAUCGCUUACCUGGACGCUCAAUUCAAGCCCGUGGCGCCGCCCGUCCCGGCGGACGCCGCCGACGACGACGAACCACCGCCGCCGGAAGAUUUCGAACUCGAUCCCGAAGACGAAGCGCGAGGAUUCUAG